AUGUCUCGUAAUUCCUGGUGGGGCUUGAUGUUUAAUGAGGAUAACAACAGUAACAAUACCACAAACCCCACAACAGAAGAGAAGAAUCCAGAAGAAUUAAGAGAUAGUAACCAUGAUGAUACCAAUAUGAGCUCUAAAGACCAAAAACCACCUUCCACCACCACAAACUAUAACAAAGAUUCGAUAAAUGUAAUCAAAGAAAUAAUUUUGGAAGAAGACGAGGAAUUAUUUUCAGGAGGCGAGGGAAAAUCACGACAACGAGAAGGAAUCCCAAUUCCCACAACAAACAACAUCGCGUCUUCAGACAUUUCAGAAAUCCCGUCCGUAGCUUCGACCUUGGUGGAACAAUACUCUCAACCCCAAUCACAGCCAAAUUCCUUACAACCACAACUAGGAUCCCCAGCGAUCCCAAUACCAAGACAACAAAACCAAAACAUGCGACGACACGAUGACACAAAAAGAGCCUCUUUAGGGUCGUUUCGCGGCUGGUGGUACCCGAACUCUGCGGCUACGCAUAAUAGUGUUCCUAGUACUAGUACUAGUGCUAAUAACAACAAUACCGGUAUUACUAUUGCUACGACGAACACCAAUGCUACGGCAAGUGCGUUUGUGCCUUCGGAGAAUUCUUCGAAACCUGCACCGAAUUCAAAUAUGAAUAAUAGUAGACCCCCAUCUCUACAAAGGAGUGAAUCUCCGGGACUCCCACUCACACCGUUAAUGGAAACUUUUGAGGAAACCAGAUUAUCUUCUUCGUCGUCUUCAAGAAAUUCGUGGUGGAUAUUCGGAGGUGGGAAUCAUUCAAAUAUCAUUAAUAAUGGUAAGAUUUCUUCUAGUAUUGCUAGUUCAUUUUUGACAAUACAACUGAUAAUUAUGAAGUAUUAA